AUGAGUCAUAGAGUUCAAUUGCUUCUGGGAGCAUACCAUAUGACAUUUCCUUUGAAAAGUGUUGACAAAACGAUUGAGAUGAAAUCUGUUCCAUAUGUAUGUUAUGGCAAUUGUUUGUACGUUGAGUCAAAAAUAGCUAAUGUCACAGGUAUUUCAGGAGUUAAUAGUAAAGGUUCAGUAGAAUAUAAGUCUUUCUGUUAUGAAGUAAAUUCAAUGUUCAUUCCAAAUGUUCCUGUCAUAGAAACUCAUUUAGGUAAAUGGGUUCGCAUUAGUCCUCAUAAUUUGAAAGACAUGCAAUUCAGACUUGUUGACUUUCAAGGAGAGCCUGUAGAACUGAAGGCACCAGUGCGAAUGACUGUUGAAGUUGACUUUUUAGAAAAUAUUAAAUGCAACAGCUUACAAGAGAACUCAGAGCUAAAAAUAUAA